AAUGAACAAAACAUUUGUUUGUUAUCAGAAGACCUCUCUCCCAAGGUCUCUCUUGGCUCUGGCUGUAGAGCUUCUGACCAACACGCCUCUUAGAAAGAGAUCAGCCUCCCUGCGGCUUCACAAGAACAGACCACUACAACCAGAAAACACCACGCAAAUAGACUCCUAACCAAGACUGAUUUGGGCGGUACAGCCCAGCCCUCACCUGAACAUCAGCGGAGACCAGGAGCUGCUUCAGGACGCUACACUAAAGGCCUCAGUUCACAAACACUGUAGAAACCCUUCCACCUAAAAGAGAAGAUGAUAAAGAGGAUGGUCUUGUUUAUGAUGCUCUGCUUUAGUCUCGGCUGGUUCAUUCCAUACACAGAAGGCAUGUUUGCUGGAUCUCAUUUCUGCUCAUUUAAUGGUACAACUUGCAGUUUCUUCUGUCUGGGCAACAAGGUCCAUGAGAUGCCAAGAAAUAUACCGAAAAAUACCACAUUUGUGGAGAUCAAACUGACUCAGAUCAGCGUGUUUCACCGAGCAGCCCUGUCUGAACUACAUGAGCUGAAGAGAAUAGUGGUGUCCGAGAAUGGUGCUCUUGAGCAAAUUGAAGCCUUUGCCUUUUCCAACCUGACAGAGCUACAGGAAAUAACUAUUACAAAAUCCAAAAACCUUAUGAUGCACAAAGAUGCCUUCUGGAGACUUCCAAAGCUACGGUAUCUGACUAUAUCAAACACUGGUCUUAAAAUCCUGCCUGAUUUUUCAAAAAUCAACUCUGCUGCUCUUGAAUUUCUAUUUGAUCUACAAGAUAACAUGCACAUAGAGAGGAUUCCCAGUAACGCUUUCCUUGGAUUGACCAGUGCCACCAUAACCGAGCUGAGAUUAACAAAGAAUGGGAUCCGUGAGAUAGACAUCUAUGCAUUCAACGGUACCAAAAUUGAGAAACUCUUUCUCAUGGGAAACCAGCAGCUGAAUCAUAUCCACAGUUACGCCUUUAUAGGAGCUGAAGGCCCCAUCGUUCUGGACAUCUCACGUACUGCCGUCCACACACUACCGGAAAGCAUGCUGAGGACCCUUAAGCUUCUGACAGCCGUCUCAGUCUACUCUCUAAGGAGGCUUCCAAGCCUGGAGCUGUUUACUGAGCUCACGCAGGCCAAUCUGACCUACCCCAGCCACUGCUGUGCCUUCAAAAACUUCAAGAAGCACAAGUCUGUGAAGAAUCAAAUGUGUAACGAUCCUGGUGCCCUCCGCCUGGAGCCAGAUUUUUUCGAAGACCACUGUAAGGAUGUGAUAGAAGUGACCUGCUACCCCACACCAGAUGCAUUCAACCCUUGCGAGGACAUCAUGGGUUUUACGUUCCUACGUGUUCUGAUCUGGUUCAUCAGCAUACUGGCCAUCGUGGGAAAUGUUGUUGUCCUCCUGGUGCUCCUCACCAGUCACUACAAACUAACCGUUCCCAGGUUCCUAAUGUGCCACUUGGCUUUCGCAGACCUUUGCAUGGGAAUUUACCUGUUGCUUAUCGCCGGCGCAGACAUUUACACACAGUCCCACUACUACAACUAUGGCAUCGACUGGCAGACGGGAGCAGGCUGCCAUGUGGCUGGCUUCUUCACGGUCUUCUCCAGCGAGCUCUCCGUCUACACCCUGACUGCCAUUACCCUGGAGCGCUGGUACACCAUCACUUAUGCCAUGCAUCUGGAACGCAAGCUGCGCCUGCGCCAUGCCUGCGCAGUAAUGACAGCGGGGUGGAUUUUCGCCCUGCUGACUGCUCUGAUGCCCAUGUUGGGAGUGAGCAGCUACAGGAAGACGAGCAUCUGCCUGCCCAUGGAUGUAGAAACAAUGCUUUCACAAGGAUACGUAGUGCUGUUGCUCCUACUCAACGUAGCCGCUUUUCUGGUUGUGUGUGUCUGUUAUAUGCGCAUCUACCUGACCGUCCACAAUCCUGCCUUCGUUCCUGCCAACGCAGACAUGCGUAUAGCCAAGCGCAUGGCCGUGCUCAUCUUCACCGACUUCCUGUGUAUGGCGCCUAUCUCAUUUUUCGCCAUCUCCGCAGCCUUAAAACUACCGCUAAUCACAGUUUCUCACGCCAAAGUCUUGCUGGUGCUUUUUUACCCCAUAAAUUCCUGCUCAAACCCAUUUCUCUACUCCUUCUUAACUAAAACCUUCAAGAGGGAUUUCUUCAUUCUGACUAGCCGGUUCGGCUGCUUCAAAACACGUGCACACAUUUACCGCACAGAGAUUUCUUUGGGGGAAAACGGAGCCAUGGUGCCUUCGCCAAAGAUUAGUGAUGGAACACUGUACUCUCUGGUGCACAUCGCCCAAGUGCACUGACCACUAACUCAAUCCACCAUAACUCUGGUGUGACCAGCUGAAACCGUAUGCUGCUUGUAGGCAAAAAAGAGGAUAAAUAAGGAAAAUGUGCAAUCUAGAUAUAAAAAUUUUGAAGGUUUCUACGGCAUGAAAUUGGGUAAAGGCGUCUCAUAAAGAUAUUAUAGUGCUUGACCUCUCAAGCCAACCUAUUCAGAUGUCUUUAGAAGUAUUCACACCAUUCACGAAAUGCUGCUUGAUUGACUUUUGACAUAUUCCGCAUGCAUUAGUGUUCAAAAAUUGAGAUUAGGCUAUAUCUAUAGUAUGAAUAAUGUAAUCAUUUAAGAUAGAUAUUUUAGAAAUUUUGAAAAAUGUUUUAGUGGUUUUUCCAUACAAUGAAAAAUAACAAAAGUAAUUGAAACACAGAAUAUCUUUUGUGAUCCAUGGAAGAAAGUCAUACAAGUUUGAUAAUAAAUGAUGAUAGAGUUUUCAUUUUCGGUUGAACUAUCCCAUUAAAGGGUUAGUUCACCCAAAAAUGAAAAUUCU